UGUUUCAAAACUGAAACUGCUACGAGUAUUUAUUAUUUUUUUUAAAAUCGAACGGGGUAACUCGUGAAAAUCAUAAUGGGAGGGAGGUGCUAAGUAAAAGGGAUCCUUUAAAUUGUUUGGGGGUCAGCCCAGGCCGGCGGCAGUGAGUAAGAUAAAGGGUAGAAAGAAAGCUGGAGAGAGGAAACCGAACUAGGCCGGCUCAGUAUGGGAAGAUAGUAGAUGCUGGACCUUGAAGUCUGGAAAACAGCCAUUUGAAGGGACAACGGCUUCCCAGCAAAUAACAGAGAAAGCCUGUAGUCGUUCGAAAGGGGGAAGCUGCAAGAGUAGAUCGUGAGUAGCACAGAAGCCUAGAGACUGAACAAGUAGGCCUUUUGUCAGGCUCCGACAGGAAAUGGCUUCUGCAGACGAUGUGGAAGAGUUGCCCCCAGAUAGCACCUGCGAUGCCUGUGAGCCGGAUGAAGCACCGGGUGCCGUGCAGAUCUGCCAGGACUGUGGCUUUUCCUUUUGCCAACUUCACGCAGAGGAGCACAGCCAGAAGUACAGGGCCCACCGGAUGACUGAUUUUGUCGCUCCAGGGGGGCAGGGACAGGCAGGCAGCCAAGAUGGAUCAGGGGAAGACCGCACAAAAGAAGAGGCUCACAAGCUGGAGCGGAAGAAGUGUGACGAGCAUGGGGAAGAUCUUAGCUUGUACUGUAAAGAGCAUGAAAAAAUCAUCUGUGUGUUGUGUGCCGUGUCUGGCUCUCACCAGAAGCAUGAUAUCAUCACUCUGAAUGAUGCCUAUGAAGCCAUGAAGAAUAGAGAUCGCAUUGACCUGAAGAUGGUCAUGCUAGAGAUGGUGGAAAGAUUGAAGUUCAAGUGUGCAGAUCCCAAAGUGACUCAGGGUGACAUGAAGUUGUGCAUUCAGCAAGAAUUUGACAAGGUACGUCGCCUGGUUUGUGAAGAGGAAGAGAAAGCUCUCCACCUGGUGGAUCUUCAGGAAGCCUUGGCCACUGCUCACACAACAGAGGUUCUGGCAGAAAUAGAUGUCCGCAUGGCAAAAUUGAUGACAGAAAUGGCAGAGCUCACAAGACAGCUGAACACCUUUAAUGAGCUAGCCCUGCUGAAACCUGAGAGCACAGAUGAAGAAUCCAGGGCCAACAGCUUUCCUCUGCCUUCGCCAAGUCCUUCCCGAAGGGAUGACAGACAUUACAGUGAUGGGGAUUUGCCACCUGCCAAUGGGCCCUGUUGACGCCGCAAGAUAAGUUUAGCUACCUAGGAGAAUCACAGAAGGAUGGCCCCUGCAUUCAGUCUCCAUAUGGUGAAAACUGUCCUGAAUACAUAGCAGAAGAGACAGCAGACACCUUUGCUUUUGCUGUACUUUUCACCUGUAUCUAAGACAGUCUGUUCCUUCUUCCAGAUGUAUCCUUUGUGAAUAUACUGCUUGUCAUACCAAAUGAGUUAUUUGCUGAUCAAUCACUUUACUGCUUAAGGUUGACAAAACAUCUUGCAAAAAAUCAGUCACUUGCCUUUUGAAAUGUGGAAUUGCUAAGUUAAAAUCAAGACAGGAUCACAGUAGAAAAGGAGAAAUAUGGGUGUGAAUAUGGCACUGAUUUUCAAGUUGACAGGAUUGCUGAGGACUCAGUUUGAAUAAUUCAGUGUGAAUGAGAUGAAGAAAUUACAGAAGGGGAAAAUUACUCCAUUAAGUCACAUAUAAGAAUAAAAAAUUAAUUUAGGGUUCUUUAAAAGAAGCUGCCUGUGUAGCAAAAUAAAUAAUACUAUGCAGUUCUAAUAUUUCUCAAUUUUUUUGUACAUUGUAACCUCAUAGAUGAGGCUAACACUUAACAAUCAAGAGUCUGCAGACUUUUAAAUCCAGUUCAUGUUGUGAGUUCCUGCAAGUCUUAUGCCUUAAAAAUCAGUGUAAAACAAUAGAGAUGUUGAACCUUACAAGACUUUAAAGAAAGAAUUAUGCAUUUCUUUCUAGCUUGAGGCAAUUUCAGGUUAAAACUGCCUGACUGCAAGAGCAAUAAAGUAAAGAAAUAUUAUUCUUGAAGGGGUACAGAACUCAUUCAUGAGCCUAUAGAGGUGGAAGGAUCUUGCCCAGUCUGGACUCUCUGUCCAGUAAUUUUGUGUGUCUGCGUGUAAUGCUUAACUAUAAAUACAUGAAGCUGCCUUAUACUGAGUUAGGGCAUUGGUCACCUUCCUCAAUUACUGUCUACUAGGACUGGCAGCAGCUCUCCAAGUUCUAAGACAAAGGUCUUUUCCAAUGCCUACCACCCUCACAUGAUUUAUUUGGACUGAAACUCCUGCUAGCCAAGCAUAUGUUUUAUCACAUGGGCAUGGCUUACCAUGUUACUUACUGCAAAGUAAGCAGUAAGGGAGUCCUGUGUAUUUACCCCCAAGUGUGAUUGGUGGACAGCAGUAGAUAAAGACUGACAGAGCAUCUCAGUUCAGGAAGCACCAAAAGGACAAAAGAGUCCUCCACAUACUGAUGGCAUCAAUCCAGGGUGGAUGCUGUUAAUCCCUCCCUUAAAUGCAAUAAAUUGUGUUGUGUGUGUCUCCAUCGUACCAUACAGAUAUUUUCCCUUCUUUUACUCCAGGCCAGUAAUGAUUGCAACUGAAAAGCUUUUUGUGUAGUCUUUUGUAGCUGUUGAGACCAUAAGUCACUAACUUAAGAACUAAAUUGCUUCCAUAAAGGCAGGGUCAUGGAAACACUGUGUGGAAAACCAUGGGAAAUUUGUAUUUACAAGAAAUUACCCAGUGUCAUUUGGUAUGAGGUGCUAGUACUUUACAAAAUAAACAUCCCUUGCCCCAAAGUUGUUCAGCUCUGAUCUUAAUGGUAUUUGGAGAAUCUUUUAAGUGAAGGCUAAUUCCACAAGACUCCCAAGUCACCUACCAUGGAAUCUUUGUGGCUAUUAGCAGAGGCAUAAAUUAGCAUCCUUUGUGCUAGCUCUGGAAGUGGAUUGGGCCAGUGGCUCUGAAGUUAAUCCCCCAUUUUCAGAAACAAAAGAGGCUUCUACCUGUGUUGGUUGUUAGGUUCCCACUCAUGCCUGGAGACUUACCAUGUGAAGAUGAGUGUAUGAUCAUUAAUAAGUAGUUAAGACUGUGAAGUUGGUUUAUACUAAAAUCCAUGCAGACAUUUCU